CGCUCUGGUCGCCGGUGGCUUUUCCAUCCAUGUUCGCUACUCGAUCCCCCGGUCAUGUCCCCGCUUGCCCCUCCAUCGUUUGAUCCUCUUGCGGGGAGGCCCCAGAGCUGUCCGAAAUCAUUUAAAUAUCGCCCUCAUUCCCUCCCACCAUGCUGUCUCAAUCUCGAUCUACGGAGCAUUCAUUAAAUCCCUCCGAUUGUUGCCCUUCAUUGCCUUGCACUUGAAGACCAAUUGCUUAUCGUCUGUAUCCUUGAACUCCAGCAAUCAUGGGGUCCACAUCGGCGUCUUCUCUUCCGUCCGACUUCCUCUGGGGAUUUGCAACGGCUAGCUACCAAAUUGAGGGAGCCGUUGAGGAGGAUGGACGCGGUCCGUCCAUCUGGGAUACUUUCUGCAAGAUUCCUGGAAAGAUCGCCGGCAGCGCUACCGGAGAUGUGGCGUGUGAUUCGUACCAUCGCACCCACGAGGACAUUGCUUUGCUAAAAGAAUGCGGUGCUAAGGCUUACCGCUUCUCUAUUUCCUGGUCUCGUAUCAUCCCCCUUGGAGGCCGUAACGAUCCUGUCAAUGAAAAGGGUAUCCAGCAUUAUGUCAAAUUCAUCGACGACUUGCAUGCCGCAGGAAUUGUUCCUCUGGUGACUCUCUACCAUUGGGACCUCCCCGAUGAGCUGGACAAGCGUUACGGCGGUCUUCUCAACAAGGAGGAGUUCGUUGCUGACUUUGCUAACUACGCUCGGGUGAUCUUCAAGGCGUUUGGAUCGAAGGUCAAGCAUUGGAUUACCUUCAAUGAACCCUGGUGCAGCAGUGUUUUGGGAUACAACGUGGGACAAUUUGCUCCCGGCAGAACUAGUGACCGGGCCAGGAACCCCGUGGGAGACGGCUCAACGGAGCCCUGGAUCGUGGGACACAGCCUUUUGGUGGCGCACGGAAAGGCAGUGCAGAUCUACAGAGACGAGUUCAAGGCCCAAGACGGUGGUGAGAUUGGUAUCACCCUGAAUGGCGAUUGGGCCGAGCCCUGGGACCCCGAGAACCCAGCAGACGUUGAAGCCUGCGACCGAAAAAUUGAAUUCGCCAUCUCCUGGUUUGCCGACCCUAUCUAUCACGGCAAAUACCCCGACAGCAUGGUCAAGCAGCUGGGUGACCGAUUGCCCAAGUGGACUCCCGAAGACAUUGCCCUAGUCCACGGCAGCAACGACUUCUACGGCAUGAACCACUACUGCGCCAACUACAUCAAAGCAAAGACCGGCGAGGCCGACCCCAACGACACUGCGGGCAACCUGGAGAUCCUGCUCCAGAACAAGAACGGGGAGUGGGUAGGCCCCGAGACACAGUCUCCCUGGCUUCGACCCAGUGCGAUCGGAUUCCGCAAACUUCUCAAAUGGCUCAGUGACCGAUACAACCAGCCCAAGAUCUUGGUCACGGAGAACGGCACAAGUCUGAAGAAUGAGAACGAUUUGCCCUUGGAUCAGCUCCUCAAGGACGAGUUCCGAACACAGUACUUCCGCGACUAUAUCGCGGCCAUGGCUGAUGCAUACACCUUGGACGGUGUAAAUGUGAGAGGAUACAUGGCCUGGAGUUUGAUGGAUAACUUCGAAUGGGCCGAAGGGUACGAGACCCGGUUCGGCGUGACUUACGUCGACUACGAGAACAACCAGAAGCGAAUCCCCAAGGAAAGUGCCCGGGCGAUUGGUCCGAUCUUCGAGCAGUACAUCCAGAAGGAAUAAAAGGAUGGAAAGAGCCACUUAGGCAGUAGCCAUUGUAUUACCCUAGUUUAUUUUCAUUAGUUAUGCAAUCAAUAUGAAGUCAUG